ACACAAGCAGAUACUCCGGAAGUGCUCCGAAUGAACGCGAAAGAUUCUUUUUAUCUUUUAAAAGAGGGGUUUGACUGAGAACGUGGAAAUGCAGAGAGAAGAGAAGCAGCUUGAGGCUUGCUUGGAUGCCCUUAUAUCUCAAGUUUCUGAUAUCAAAAACUCUUUGGUUGGCUUUAUCCACAAACUUGAAAAUGAAUAUGACCGUCUGACAUGGCCCUCUGUACUUGAUAGCUUUGCACUGCUGUCUGGGCAAUUGAACACACUGAACAAAGUACUAAAAAAUGAGAAGACUCCUCUCCUAAGAAACCAGGUCAUCAUUCCACUUCUUUUGUCUCCCGACAGAGAUGAAGAGAUCAUGCGAUUGACAGAGGGUAGAGUUCCAGUGUUUAGCCAUGAAGUGGUACCAGAUCACCUGAGGACAAAACCAGACCCUGAUGUGGAAGAGCUAGAAAAACAGAUAAGUGCUGAUGCAGCCCGUCUCACUUCUGAGGCUGCACAGAAACAAGUUCAAAGUAUGAACAAGAUGUGUUCCAAUCUGUUGGAUAAAAUUAGCAAAGAAGAGAGGGAGUCUGAACUUGGAAGUUUAAGACAGAACAAGCAAACAUUUAACCCUACUGACACAAAUGCACUUGUAGCAGCUGUGGCAUUUGGAAAAGGACUUUCAAAUCGUCGACCACCAGGACAAGGUGGCCCUAUGGCUCCAGGACAGACAGGAGCAAGUGGUAUGAUCCCAGGUGCUGCAGGCAUGCAACAGGUUCCAAUGUCAUUGUCUCAAAACCAACAGCAGCAGCAGCACAUGGCUGGAGUAUCAAUGUCACAGGGCAGCCAGCCAGGUAAGAUGCCCAGCAGUAUUAAAACCAACAUCAAAUCUGCAUCAAUGCACCCAUAUCAGCGAUGAAAACUUCUAAUAUGAAACCUGUUGUGAUGGGACACUUAAAGGAUUUAUAAGACUAAAAUAAAAUAUCACCUACCACAGUUAUUGUUAUUGACUUUUUAUUGGAUUCUUUAUGUCUAACGUGUGUUUCACUUGUCCAGCCUGCUUUGGAUGGACACUAUUCAGAACUAUUUGAUGUUAUGUAUUACAGCAAAAGGGAAAAGUAACUCCUGUUUUUGUAAAACUCUAAAGCAUAAUACACUUAAUCGUCUCUUUUCUCUUUGUAAUGUAGGAUUUUUGUUUAAAGGGGUGGUUCGCCUUUAAGCUAACUUUUAUGUUAUAUGGCUAAUUAUAAGCAACUUUUCAAUUGGUUGUUAUCAUGUAUUUUUUUUAUAGUUCUGUCCAGCCUUCAAAUAGGGGGUCACUGACCCCAUCUUAAAACAAAUGCUCUGUAAGGCGACACAUUUAUUGUUAUUUUUAUUACACUUUUUUUAUUCAGGCCACUCCUAUUCAUAUUCCAGUUUCUCGUUCAAAGGAAUGCAUGGUUGCUAGGGUCAUUUGGAUCCUAACAACCAGACAUCUGAAACUGCAAACUGGAGACCUGCUGAAUAAAAAAAACACAUGAAGACCAAUUGCAAACUGUCUCAGAAUACCACUCUCUACAUUAUACUAAACAUUAAUUUAAAGGUGAACAACCCCUUUAAGUGCACAGGUGUAAUCUUUUCACAGUUUUCGCCGGUAUUCUGCCUACAAUGUAAUUGCAAAAUAAAAUACUUUUCAUAAAGUUAGCAGGUAAUAGGUCCUUGUAUACAAAUACAGAAAGGGGAUUCUUAAUGGAAAUGUAAACAGACACUAUGCUGAAAAUAAAAAAUUACAA